UGGCAGCAGCAGGAGAUGCCAGGAGAGGGCGUGCUCCCAACUUUCCAAAGAGAAGCGGAAGGGCGGAUCCAGCGUGCAACGCCGGGGCGGGGCAGGGCCGGAGCGCGCCGGCGUGGGGUGCCGUCGGGAGAUAUCUGCGCCUGCGCCAACGGAAGCAGUCUUUUCCUCAGAGCAGGCAAGAUGGCGGAAGUGGAGCAGAAGAAGAAGCGAACCUUCCGGAAGUUCACCUACCGCGGUGUGGACCUGGAUCAGCUGCUGGACAUGUCCUAUGAACAGCUCAUGCAGUUGUAUAGUGCUAGACAGAGAAGGCGACUCAACCGAGGCCUGAGGCGCAAACAGCACUCCCUCCUGAAGCGCCUAAGGAAGGCUAAGAAGGAGGCACCCCCCAUGGAAAAGCCUGAAGUGGUGAAGACACACCUUCGAGACAUGAUCAUCCUGCCAGAAAUGGUAGGCAGUAUGGUGGGCGUCUACAAUGGCAAGACCUUCAAUCAGGUAGAAAUUAAGCCAGAGAUGAUUGGACACUACCUGGGCGAAUUCUCUAUCACCUACAAGCCUGUGAAACACGGCCGGCCCGGUAUUGGAGCUACCCACUCCUCUCGUUUCAUUCCUCUCAAGUAAUCUAGAUUUAACAAUAAAAGCUAAAAGGUUCUUAA